AUUCAAUGCCCAUGGAAGCUACGAAUUUUCUCCAGCCUCCUGCCACAUAAAUACGUGGAUGUCCCUCCAGUGUCGGUGAAGCUCAAGAGAAACAUCGCUGGGUGCUCUUCUGUCAGAGCCCAUAGUAGCUUCUUGCUUCUCACGGUCAUCCAUCAUGAUGGGUCUCUUCUGGUGCUCUGUGAUGGCGAUGGCCGUCGCGCCAGCCUUUGCUCAUCCAAAACAACCUCCAACACCUCCAACACACCAUCAAGACGAUGCCUCUUAUCCUGGCUCUGUCUCUGCUUUCACUAUUCCUGCCGCUUUCCCAACCUCGGUGUUCUCAAGCUACUAUGUCAAGCCAGGUCCGACGAAUCAGCCACAACCCGUCUUAUACGAUCCUGUUCUGAACACCACUUUCCCAUUCAAUCUUACGGACCCGAAGCACGUCCCGGAUUCCAAUGACGACCCGGUGAUCUUUCCCCAGCCUAUAGCCAAUCUCUCAGAUGCUACUGGUGAGGCUAUCGUGUCAGCAGCUGUCUCUGAGAUUUUGCGAAUUUUCGAGAGCAACAACACCGGAGCAUCGAAUACAUGCUCCAAGUGCGUUGCCGCCCUGGCGGUGGGCCAAAUGGUAGCAAAGUUGGCUCCGACUCACUUUCCAACCGGCAUGGUAUCGCUAUGUCACUCGCUCAAGUUCAGCACAUACAGCAGUUGCGAACUUACAUAUGGCCCCAACGGGUCCGGCGCUUCGUGGGCACAGAUACUCGCAAAUGCCGAUGUAGCAGGACUCGAUGGCCAAUACAUCUGCUCGUAUCUACACAAGGGCUCCUGCGAGUAUCCCACUGUACAAUCCGUUAAGGCCAAAUUCCCCAAGCCCAAGCCUAAGAAGCCUGCUGAGCCUCGUCGGAGUGGGAAGAAGGUCAAGGUGUUGCACUUAUCUGAUUUACAUCUUGACCCUCGAUACAGCGUUGGAUCUGAAGCAAACUGCACAUCCUACAUGUGCUGUAGGUACUCUGAACCACCAGCAAACGGUACGGUCCCCGAGAUCUCCGUAUCGGCUCCUCUUUUCGGCUACUACAAGUGCGACUCCCCUUUCUACCUCGCCCUGGCCGCUCUGCAAUCCAUCGGUCCCUUGACGGGCACUUCCGCGAAGAACCCGCCCGCCUUCUCCCUCUACACAGGAGACUUGGUCGCCCACGACGACGAGAACCAGGCUUCGCGCGCCUACGUUGAGGCCACCGAAGUUGCCAUCUGGGACAUGUUCAAAGCCUACAUUGGUGGACCCAUCUACACUGCUCUAGGGAACCACGACACAACCCCAGCCGACUACGAAGCACCCCACGCCAUCGACGGCGGCAACUCCACCCUGGGUUCCCAGUUCUCCUGGAACUACGCCCACGUCUCCUCCCUCUGGGCGCACUACAACUGGCUCCCCUCCUCCGUCGCCCACCAAGCCUCAACCCACUACGCCGCCUACGCCAUCUCCCCUCCCCACUACCCAAACCUAAAAGUAAUCACCCUCAACAGCGACCUGUACUACCAGCACAACCCGUUCGCCCUCUUAAAUUCCACCAACCCCGACUACAGCGGCAUGUUUUCUUUCCUCGUCUCCGAACUCCAAGCCGCCGAGGACGCAGGGCAGCGCGUCUGGAUCGUGGCGCACAUCCCUACCGGCUGGGACGGCGGGAGCGCGAUGCCCAAUAGCGCGGAUUACUAUUAUCAGAUUGUGGAGAGGUACAGUCCGCAUGUGAUUGCGAACAUCUUCUUUGGACACUCGCAUGAGGACCAGGCGACGGUAUAUUAUCGGAAUAACGGCACGGCGCAAACUAGGGAAAACGCGUUGGUGACGGGGUGGGUUGGCCCCAGUUUGACGCCGUUGCAGAAUCUGAAUAGCGGGUAUAGGUUGUAUGAGGUUGAUACGGGUAGUUGGGAGGUUAUGGAGGCUUAUACGUUUUAUAGUGAUGUUGGGACGUUUACUAACCUUUCAUCAUCAUCAUCAUCUGCUUCUGAUGGAAAAGGAGAGGAGGGGGAAGGGCCCGUUUUCAAACUCGAGUACUCGACCCGAGCUACCUACGGGCCGGCGGUUAACUGGCCGAGCGACGCACCGCUUAAUGCCACGUUCUGGCAUGGGGUUACGGAGGCGAUGGAACGGAAUAGGACGCUUGUUGAGCUGUUUACGCAGUAUCAGGGGAAGAGUAGCGCCAAGAGUAAGAAGUGUGAGACGGAAGAGUGUGCCAAGGCGAAGAUCUGCUAUAUGCGCAGUGGGAGUACGGCGCUGGGCAAGCAGUGUAAGUCGGGGUAUGGGAGUGUGCAGUAAGGCAGUGUCUUUGACUCUUUGUGGUGAGGCCGGGUAGCUAGAAUGUUGUUUUGGGGAAAGCAAGGGAAUUAUUAGGAGGCAGAAUGAGUGACUUUAAAAACGGGAAACGGAAAAAUCAUUGGGUAUUUGUACACAACAUGGCUUGAAAGGGAGUUGCGAGGUUGAAGCCAACGGCGAGGUACUAUGAACGCCCAUUCUUGGCAUCACAGUUGGUUUGUUUACUUACCCCUGAGGUUCGCCCCACUCAUAUCCAGCCACUCUGAAGGAUAACGGUGAGGUUCGCCGAAGAAUGGAAUAGCACAAGCACAGCAGCACUGAACA